AUGUCAAUCCAUAAAGUCAAAAGACCAAGCCUAGAACGGUCAACAUCUUUGAAACCAAACCUCGCCAAAAUAACCACCUCAUCAUCAUCAUCGCCAAUUUCAUCCGAUGACGAGCACAACCAAGACACAUCCUCGAUAGAAUCGUCGCCGCAGACAGCAAAGCAAGACAACAUAGCAAAGCAGUCGGACCCAUCAGUAUCGACACUCACCCGAUCCCACCGCUCGCUGGCCGAGUACAGAGGCUUCACAAUCUACGUCCUAUCGACACUCGUGCUCCUAAUGUACAUCGCGUGGACUCUACUUCCACCACCCGUGCUACAUCAGCUAGGCGUCGAUUACUAUCCCGAUAAGUACUGGAGCGUCGUCAUACCGGCGUGGUUCUUGAUGGCGAUGUUGUUUGCGUUCGUGGCGAUGGCGUUGUAUUGUGGCGAGGUGCUCACUUUGCCGUUGCUGGAUUUGCAUUGCUUUGUUGAUGACGCGGCGCAGUUCCUCGUGGUUGAAGAUGGGGAUGAUGAUGGAGAGGCAAGGAGGAAAGGUGUGGUUGAGUAUGUUUAUCGUGCCCCGAGUGGGGUUUGGGAUUUGCCAGUUAAUUUGGUGAAUGAGGUGUUGUAUCUUGAUAAUGAUGACAAUUGA